AUGUCUGCCCCUGCUCAGUUCCAGGUUCCCCUGCCCACCGCCACCGGCCUCAACGCUCCUGCUGGCUCCCUGAGACAGUGGAUUGGGCAGACACUAACGAUUCUUGCAAUUCCAGGCCAGAUCGUCAAGGGCGCCGAGGACAACGGCAAGCUCAAGGAUGCCGCUCUCCUGCUCGGCAUCAAGCUCGACCUCGAGGCCGAGGUUCACCUGACUGCCCGUGUCAAGGGUGACGUCGUUGUUGGUCUUUACUAG